UCAAGAGUUUAGUGGAUGCUUAGUUUAAAAUGAACAGAUACGCGAACGUGUGGAAAGUGUACUAGCCAAACAAAUUUUGUUUGGCAUGCUGAAUGUACUCAUCUACUCAUGUACUGAUACCCAAUGUGUACAAUAUCGUUGGUUUCCCUCGUGCUAAUUUAUUUUGUUUAUUGGUGUUUUUUCGGAAUUUAAUAGUUUUGUUUGUAUUAUCUACACCACGAUCUACACUUUUGCUUAUUCUUAGUCGGCACGUACAAAUUACGAAGAGAGAAUUGAUAAUGCAUGGUUGGGUGGAUCAAUGGAUAUUAACUAUGAAUCCGAACGGAUUGUAACUUGCGCUCCAAGAUGGAUAAAUGUACACAAGCAAGGUAAUGAUUACAACAUGCAAGGUGCAUGUUACUGGUUUCCUAUUGGUGAUAACAGUACCAAGAAACUUUUACCAUUAAUAGAACUUGACAUGGACACUUAUCGAGAUCCUACGACUGGAAAAUCUGUUUACAAUUUUGCUCAAGGACAGGCUGGAUUUUCGGUCCAUAUGCCAGUUGUAAGUUCUAAUUUUUUUUUCGGAUAUUUUUCUUAAGAAAGAGAAAGCAAUGAUUAUGGGUGCUCCUGGUGUUUUCAACUGGCAUGGAACGACAAUCUUAUACAAAUAUAACAUUCAAACUCCUCCUGUUGCUAGUCGUCUGCAAAAUGCUGGAACAAGCAGAAGAUAUGCAGAUCCUAGUGAAUUCAGUUAUAAGAAUAUUGCCCGUGCACUUGAUACAAAGCAAACUCUUGCCUUCGAUUUGUUAGGUUAUUCAUCCACGUCCGGUUAUUUCUAUUCCAAAAAACUAUUACUGUAUGUUUCUAGCGCCCCCAGAUCAGAAUACAAAGGUCAAAUUUUAAUCUACGAAUUCGCAAAACCUAUAGGAACAUCACUGAUUGUCAAAGAAACCAAACACGGUCAACAAUUUGGAGAAUAUUUUGGUAGUGCCAUAACGGCUGGCGACAUAAAUAAUGACGGAUUAGAUGAUUUAAUAGUUGGAGCUCCCUUUCACACAGCACAAAAAUACAAAGGAAAAAUAUAUAUUUUAAACGGUAUCACAUUGUGGGGAAAAGCAUCAAUGGUCAAUUCGGAACCACAGUACAGUACUUGGGUGACAUAAAUCAUGACUCCUUUGGCGGUGUCCCGUUUAUGAUAUGAAUAGAUCGAUAUCUUCCAAUACUUUAACAAUACCAUUUACACUAGGAUGCACUGACAAUAUUUGCAGAUCUCGUUUAAAAGUGACAUCGAAAUUCAUUGGUUUAGAAGAGGAAGAUAAAACGUUUACACUAGGCGCCAAGAGUUAUUUAACAUUACAAAUUGAUAUAAAAAAUACUGAAGAAAAAGCAUAUUUAACUCAAGUACUGACUACAGUACCCGAUUCUAUUACAUUCCGAAGUAUUCCUUCAACUUGCAUGGAAAAAAAUUCGUCUUCUGUCAUGUGCUUUGUCGAUAAUCCACUUGAGACCAACAGUCAGAAAUCGGUAAGUUUAGAUCUAGAUAUGACUAGAAUAAAUAGCAGAAUGUACGAUGAUUCGCUUACUUUCGUGAUAGAGCUAUUUACUAGUAGUGAAAAUAACGGAGACAAAAUAAAGAAUCUGGUCCUUAAAUUAAGACGUGAAGCUGAUGUGAUCAUCACAGGAAAAUCCGAAGAACAUAGGUACUCAUACCGAAACAUAUCUGAAGGUAAACCCCAAUUUUUCGCAAAUAUAUCAAGUUGAAAAAUUUGGACGAAGUCCUUUGAAUGAAAUUGUUGUCGAAAUAAACGUCCCUUAUAUGCUUAAAUUCGAAGAUGAUAGAGAGAUCACCUUUACUAGUUUGUACCCUCCGCUUAGAAUUUUGGACGAUCAAGAUGUUACUUAUACUAGCGAUUUCCAAUAUAUAACUGAAUUCUAUUCUGAAGGAAUAGAGGACACGGCUUCCGAGAAAGAACACUCAAAGCGUUUUGUAAGACAAGUUCAAGUAUUUAACAAAUCAACAACCGCUAAGCAAAAACUGACCAAAGAAACUGAGUUAGAAAAUUUGCAAAAUCGAACGUAGUAUGUUAACUGUAGCAUGAACGAAGUUAGUUGCUUUAAAGUAAUAUGUACCGCGGGAUCUUUAAAAUCCGGACAAAUAGUUACAAUUAAGCUCGAUAUGGUUUUAGAUAUCGCUACUCUUAAAAAUUUAUUAGGUAAAAAAGACGUUAUUCUAUUUGCUACUCACGGACACGUUGUGAUCACAAAUCCUAAAAACUUUAUACAAAGCGGUAACGAGCAAGACAGGGUAGAAGUAGCUUCUCUCUUCAUUGGAGUAUCACAACGUGAAGAUAUUGCGUUAUGGAUCAUUAUUGCUUCUGCGAUAGCGGGAGUAAUACUUCUUACACUACUAUUUGUCGUUUUAGUUAAAGCUGGAUUUUUCAAAAGAACAACUAAAGAAGAAUUAGAACAAUUAAAGAAAGAGAUGGAAUUAAGUGCAGGUGCAAAUCACAAUGAAAAGGAACAAGAAGAUGAAUAAUGUCCAUCAUAUUACUAAUUAUAAUGAAU